AUGCUGCCCGUGCAGAAAAGGCCGCGAGGAGGCCGACAUUACUGCUCCGCCUGCGCCAAAUCUUUCUCCAAGAAGGAGCACCUCACCCGACAUAUACGCUCCCACACUCGCGAACAGCCUUUUCCCUGCCAAUUUUGUGGCAAGCGGUUCGGUCGCAAGUCCGUCAAUCUGCUUGCCUUCCAUCCAGCAGCUGAUACCCUCACUCGCCAUACCCGAUCCCACCACCCUUCCCAGAUCCAUCCCCUCGCACAGGUUCCGCGCACGCACAAGUCCAGCCCAGGAGAAGUCUCUCAGGAUUGUCUCCAGAGCGCAGUUUCCUAUGUCCUCCAGGCUGGACAACCAGCCGAGCAGAAUGUUUCAAGGCGAAGCUCCUACGCCUUUGGGCCGGAUACAACCCAGCUAGAUUCGUUACCACCGUCGGCGCCUGAAAUGACUGUACCCUUGGCCCUCGAGACAGUGUCUCUGUUGGACAUGAGCUCCGCCGACCAUGACGCCUCUCCCUUUCCUCUCCAGCCCGUCCAUCCCCCGGAUUCAAGAGAAAUGGGACGCAUUACGGAUGAUGUAUUCAGUGACUCCUAUUUCUGCUCAGAUCCAUCCACAUGGCUGAAUGCGAGAGACUUCAAUCUGGAGCUAGACUCGGCCAACUUGAAUGCCCUCUUUUCUUUCUCUCCCGAUCACCUCCAGCAAGAUUUAGGGGGACGAAAUGAGGUGAACAUUAUUGAUGACCCGCAUCACCCUCCAACCACAAUCAUAUCCCACAAGGAAGACCUUGUUCGUCGGCAAUGGUUCACCUUCGUGGACCCCGUUGAUACCGGCAACGUGACGCCGGAGAUUGAAACAGAGCAGACUCGCAUCGAUGAAAGCUUUCGAGAAGACUUACAUAAACGCCUCUGCCGACUUCCUCCGAGUACACCACUUCCACCUGCCGACUUUUUAAACCAUUGCCUCCGCAGCUAUUUUACUCGCUUUCAUCCUAUUUUCCCGAUCCUCCAUGUGCCAAGCUUCCGGUUGUCCAGGAAGAACACUCUGCUGUUGAUGUCCAUCUGCACCGUGGGAAGCCUAUUCUCAGGCUUUCCUCGUGCGGCUGUUCUUGGACAAAAGAUCUUCGAUCGCCUGAAUAAAGCCGCGUUAGCCUCGGUGCGUAUUGGGAUAACGGUCCAUUAUCCCCUCCCGUCAUGGCUCUUCCGCCUGGGCAACCAUAAAAGGUCGAUAGCUGAUAGUAUGCAGUGGGAGAAAUAUGUAUCGCGGGGCCCGCAGACCGCGCUUGUGAUCAUUCAAGCUGCCUUAAUCGGACAUACGUAUGCAAUGUUAUCAGGUAUCCAGCAACCCUCGAAUCUGUUGACUAUGCAAUCAUUCCAUGGAACCAUCAUCACGUGGGCGAAAGCAUGCCGUCUCUUCAAUCAAAACUUGGGGCCUCCCAGUCUCGGCGAUGGUGGCGACCAGGACCUCGAAGGAUCAUGGAGAUUAUGGAUCCAGAAUCAAGAACAAGCAAGGGCUGUGGCAGCGCUUCACAUCCACGACACUGAGUACUGCACGCUUUUAAAUGUAGAGCCUCUCCUGCGACAUACCGCGUGUCGAAUCCUUUAUAUAUCUCCCAGGCGGUCUUGGGAAGCAGCUACCGCCCACGAAUGGCAGGAAUCUCUGAAAAAUGAACCCACAGACUUGACCAAUGUACGACGUACCCCAUCAUCUGGCCAAACAUUUCUGUAUCCGAUGCUUGCAGAAGAACAUGGGUUGAACUCCUUUGGUAUCUAUUGCAGACUGGAAAACAUUUCAGGGUCCAUCUCCGCAGCUAAAAUGCUGGGUUCUUGGCCUGCUUCAUCUGCCCACGCUGAAAUGAGUCUAUUGGAAUUUCACGAUACCUACCUCCGCCAUAGCAUUGACGAUGCUACUACAGCAGACGAUCCCUACAGUCUGGAAAUUCUCUGGCAUUCAGCUUUUAUUCUCAUGUCAGCUGACCUGAAUCGCCUGGAGCUGGCUCUCGGGCGACAGGGCUAUAUGGAGUCACAACCGCACCUAGAUCACGCGAAGAGUUGGGCACGAUCUAGAAAUGGGGCCCGCUGUGCCGCCCAUGCUGUCGUUAUUCUUCGAAAAUCGGAAGUGGUGCCCUUGGGAAGUAAUGUCGCAAUUCAUGUACCUCGUGUAUUAUACUGGGCUGCCCUGGUUUGGUAUUGCUUUUUGGAGUUUGCAAGGGACCAAUCCACCCAACUCGCAUACGAAGACUUGCGCUUCGAAGAGUUUAACAGGCUUGGAAUCAGAAUUCCUGACCUAAUUCUUGGGGAAGAAUGGUCAGAGAGUCAACAGCCGACAGUCAUGACUUCCCGCAUCCUCGAAAGGCUAGUUGAUCUGUUGACGCGUAUAGGGCAUUGGACAAUUUCACGAAAAUUUGCUUCGUUGAUGAUUUCUCUGGUUCACAGUGAUGGGAAAGUGGGAUGA